AGAAAAAAAACAAAAACUUAUUUGUCAAAACAAACUGCUUGGUGCACGUUUUCCGAGUGAGCGGUGAAAUCGUUUGUAGAUCAUUUUGCUAAAAUCGUAGCAAAAACUAUACCGCAUUAUACUGAUACGCGAUCAACAGAGCCAACAAUACGAACCCCGUGACUAUGGCUGGGCUGGAGAUUGUAGUAGGGACGUACGAAGAGUUUAUCGUAUCUUAUCGCGCCGAACCUUUGCGUACCGAUCCGGAUAAACUGUAUCUAAAGGAAUCGUUCGCUGCCCAUCUGCACACCUCGUCUGUGCGAUCUUUAGCAUCACAUGGUAAAUACGUAGCGACCGGCGGUGCUGACGAUCGUAUCUGCCUGUUAGACAUGCAAGACGGCACGAAAGUGACGGAAUUCUUGCACCACGAUGGGACUAUCAACACGCUCGUAUUCUCGAACAACGGCAGUCACCUGUUGUCCGGCAGUAACGACGGUAGUAUGGUUGCCGUCAACAUGUCUAAAAUGGCCGUCGAUAAAACGUGGAAAAGCGCACAUAAAUCGGCAGUGCAAAGCAUUUCCAUUCACCCACAAGGCAAGAUGGCUCUUACCUUGGGUAGUGACAUGACGCUCAAAACAUGGGAUCUAAUAACGGGCCGAGCUCUGUUUACGACCGCAUUGAGCAAAAACAGCAAGUACGGACGGGUGCUCAGCGACGUGCAAUGGUCACCGGAUGGUGAGCAUUUUGCGCUACUCGGAAACCGAGUGGUAGAUAUCAUAAGCAUCGAUACGACCCAUUCCGUUCGCACAUUGGAGUUUGACACAAAGCCCUCUGCAAUGUGUUGGCUUUCGGACGAAGAAAUUGCGAUUGGGUUGGAAAGUGGUAUGCUUGUAAUGGCGAACAUCCACGAAGAGGAGCAGCAGGAAAAGUUACAGAUCUACGAUACACGGUUAAAGGCGAUCACGUGCCUGGGAAAUUACAUCGCCACAGCAUCCAGUGCAGGUGAUGUUUCGCUGUGGCUUCUAGAUGGGACGAAUUUCACCCAAAUUUGCACGCAGCAGAUCGGGUGCCGUCCCAUCUGUUUGGCACUAAUAAACACUGGCAAACCUGUGGGCCAAGAGAAGAACCAGGAGGUAUCAUCGGGGGCGUUGGCGGCUAAAGCCGCACGAGACGAUGAAGUAGGAGAAUCGGCAAGUAGCAUCGCCACGAAAGUAGUUAAGGAACUCGCUUGGGUGAGCGUCGAAACAGAGGAUCCUGUUCAGCUAGCAGCGGCCAGUCGGAUGCAAAAACGUAAGCUUGCCGUUACAAAGGGCAAGAAAGGGAAAGGUUCACAGAAACGUAUAAAAUCGAGUGGUUUUAUUGAAGAAUCAGUCGAAGAAACAAUGACACCCAGUAAAGCAUGUUAAUCCGGGGAAGAGUAUGGCAAAUGUUGAAAUAUAAUUUACAUGUUCGGCAUCGGAA